AUGGCCUGGAUAGGAAUCUUGGCAGAGUCUCAAAAGCAAAAAAAAAACAAAAUCUGUUGAUCCUGCCACAAUGGGUUAAGGUUUAUAAAAUGGGCUAACCCAGACUGGUUGUGGCCAUUACCUGUGGAAGGAGAAGCUGCACCCACAAGCAAAAUGAGUAAGAUCAUAUUUUAUGAGGAUAAGAACUUCCAGGGUCGCUCAUAUGAAUGCACCGCCGAUUGCCCAGAUGUGCAGCCCCAUUUCAGCCGCUGCAACUCCAUCCGGGUGGAAAGUGGCUGCUGGGUGUUAUACGAAAAACCAAAUUAUACGGGUUACCAGUAUGUACUGACCAAGGGAGAGUAUCCAGAAUACCAGCGCUGGAUGGGCUACAAUGACAGAAUUCGCUCCUGCAGAACCUUCUCUUAUAGCAGUGGGGGUCCCUUUCGCCUUCGCAUCUAUGAGCGUCCUGACUUCCAGGGCCAGAUGAUGGAGUUCAGCGACGACUGUGAGUCGGUGCAAGACCGCUUUCGCAGCAGAAAUAUCUACUCCUGCAAUGUAAUGGAUGGCUACUGGACCCUGUACGAGCACCCUAACUACAGGGGACGCCAGUAUUUUAUGCGUCCUGGCGAGUACAGGAAGUUCAGCGACUGGGGAGCUACAUGUGCCACUGCCGGCUCCUUCCGCAGAAUAACUGAGUUUUAAAUGGCCAGUAGACUUUUUGUUUAUGUAAUAAACUUUAAAACUGAAUAAACAACUAUGAA